AUGCCGUCACGACAUGCCUACCUCCGGGUCACUACCUUACCGACAUAUCCUCUUUUCAGGCCACUGCUGUCACGACAUGCCCACCAUCGGGUCACUGUCUUACUAGCAUAUCCUCUUUUCAGGCCGUUGUCGUCACAACAUGCCCACCUUCGGGUGAUUGCCUUACUAGCAUACCCUUUUUUUGGGACGCUGCUAUCACGACAUGCUCACCUUCUAGGCACUGCCUUACCGACAUACCCUCUUUUCGAGCCGCUGUCAUCACGACAUGAUCACCUUUGGGUCACUGCCUUAUCGACAUACCCUCUUUUCGGGCCACUGCCGCUAUGGUAUGCCCAUUCUCGGGUCACUUCCUCCUCGACAUACCCAUUUGUUUGGGCCCCUUCAGGGCACUGUCUUACCGGUAUACCCUCUUUUCGGGCUCCUUUUGUUUGGGCCGCUGCCGUCACAACAUGCCCACCUUCAGGGCACUGCCUUACCGGUGUUGGAGCUCUUAAAGUUAUUCAAGGAGGAGCAUUGGAUGAGAAGAUGAAGGAUCUAUCACCAUUGAAGCUAAACACUUAUGAUCAAGACGAGGCUGAACAAGAAGAGAGAAUCAACAUUUUAGUAAAAGAAAUAAAGGAGAUGUUCUCAUCAAUAGGAGAUGGCGAGUUAAGUACUUCACCAUAUGAUACAGCAUGGGUUGCAAGAAUUCCAUCCAAGAAUGACCCAAGUAAACCUCAUUUUCCAACGACAUUGGAGUGGGUAGUGAAGAACCAGCUAGAAGAUGGCUCAUGGGGGGAGCCCAUCUUUUUCUCUUUAUAUGACAGGCUUGUUUGCACUUUAUCUUGUGUUAUUACUCUCACACAAUGGAAGCAAGGACAUGAACUAAUUGCCAAAGGACUUUAUUUUUUACAAACACGUAUUAAAGAUCUUGAUGGGGAAAAAGGUGUAAGAACUGUCGGUUUUGAGAUAAUAUUUCCUUCGAUGCUUAAUGAAGCCAAAGUUAUUGGGCUCAACCUUCCAUAUGAUCUCCCUUGCAUCAGACAUAUCAUCAAGCUUAGAGAGGAAAAGAUGACUAGGAUUCCAAUGGAAGUGUUGCACUCAGUUCCAACUACACUGCUUUACUCAUUAGAAGCAAUAGAAGCUGAUUUGGUGCAAUGGGAUAGAAUUCUGAAGCUGCAAUGUAGGAAUGGAAGUAUCUCAGAUUCACCUUCAGCUACUGCUGCAGCAUAUUUGAACACUAAUGAUGAAAAGUGUCUUGAAUACUUAACAUAUAUAGUGAAGAAAUUUCAAGAUUGUGCACCUUCUUUGUAUCCGGUUGAUACUUUUGAGCGUUGUUGGAUGAUUGACACAAUCCAACGGCUAGGAAUAGAUCAUCACUUCCGCAAAGAAAUUCAUAUUACUCUAGAAUUCGUAUACAGAAUACUUCGGAAAGAUGGUUUAGCAUGGGGAAGCGAUGCCAGCAUAACUGAUAUUGAUGAUACAUGUAUGGGUCUUAGAUUAUUAAGGUUACAUGGCUAUCCCAUAUCCUCUGAUAUGCUAGAGUACUUCAAGGAUGAUGAAGGCAAUUUCUUAUGCUUUAUGGGUGAGACGCAUAAAGGAAUUUCUGAUUUCUUCAGCCUGUAUCGCUUCUCCCAAAUUGCAUUUCCUGGGGAGAAUAUACUGAAACAUGCAAAAAAAUUAGCCGAGCAACAUUUGAAGAGCAAGAUGAAAGGCCAUCAAGCAUUUGACAAGUGGGCUAUAAAGAAAGCCCUACAUAAGGAGGUUGAGUGGGCAAUAAGAAAUCAAUGGAGGAUGAGUCUUCCAAGGCUUGAAGCUCAAGAAUACAUUAGAAAUUAUGGCGAAAAUGAUGUUUGGAUUGGAAAAUCUCUCUAUAG